UUGGCACUGCCCUCGCCCAGGGAUCCAGCACUUGGCCACAGCUGCCAUGCUCUACCUGGCUGCUCUCCUCGUGCACUGCGUCCCCCUGGCCAUGGGACAGUAUGACAUUUGCAAGUCCUGGGUGACCACGGACGAUGGCCCCUCAUGGGAGUUUUAUGCUUGCCAGCCCAAGGCCAUGCGGAUGAAGGAUUACGUGACUGUGCGGGUGGACCCGGCAGGAAUCACUUGUGGGGACCCUCCAGAGAGGUUCUGCACCCAUGAGAACCCGUACCUGUGCAGCGACGAGUGCGACGCCUCCAACCCCGACCUGGCCCACCCGCCCAAGCUGAUGUUCGACAGCGAGGACGAGGGGCUGGCCACGUACUGGCAGAGUGUGACGUGGCGCCGGUACCCAGAGCCGCUGCUGGCCAACAUCACCCUGUCCUGGAACAAGAGCAUUGAGCUGACCGACGACAUCGUCAUCACCUUUGAGUACGGGCGCCCCACCAUCAUGAUGCUGGAGAAGUCGCUGGACAAUGGGAGGACUUGGCACCCGUACCAGUAUUAUGCAGACGACUGCAUGGAGGCCUUCAGCAUGCCAGCACGGAGGGUCCGGGACCUCUCCACCACCAGUGCCAACAGGGUCCUCUGCACGGAGGAGUAUUCCCGCUGGGCGGGCUCCAAAAAAGAGAAGACCGUCCGGUUUGAGGUGCGGGACCGCUUUGCCAUCUUCGCUGGCCCCGACCUCAAGAACAUGGACAACUUGUACACCCGGCUGGAGAGCGCCAAAGGGCUCAAGGACUUCUUCACCGUGACCGACUUGCGCAUGAGGCUGCUGAGACCCGCCCUGGGAGGCACCUACGUGCAGAGGGAGAACUUGUACAAGUACUUCUACGCUGUCUCCAACAUCGAAGUCACUGGCAGAUGUAAAUGCAACCUCCACGCCAACCUGUGCACCUUCAAAGAGGGCAGCCUGCAGUGCGAGUGUGAGCACAACACCACGGGCCAGGACUGUGGCAAGUGCAAGAAGAACUUUCGCUCCAGGUCCUGGCGAGCAGGGUCCUACCUGCCUCUCCCCAAUGGGUCCCCCAAUGCAUGUGCAGCUGCAGGCUCAGCCUUUGGCAACUGCGAGUGCUACGGCCACUCCAACCGCUGCAGCUACAUUGACUUCCUCAACGUGGUGACCUGCGUGAGCUGCAAGCACAACACGCGGGGCCAGCACUGCCAGCACUGCCGCCUGGGCUUCUACCGCAACAGCUCUGCCGAGCUGGAUGACGAGAAUGUCUGCAUAGAAUGUAACUGCAACCAGAUCGGCUCCAUGCACGACCGCUGCAAUGAGACCGGCUACUGUGAGUGCAGGGAAGGUGCCACAGGGCCCAAGUGCGACGACUGCCUGCCCAACUACUACUGGAGACAGGGCUGCUUCCCCAAUGUCUGCGACGAUGAGCUCCUGCUCUGCCAGAACGGCGGCACCUGCUACCAGAACCAGCGCUGCAUCUGCCCCGUGGGCUUCAAGGGCGUCCUGUGCCAGCAGUCCAGGUGUGAAGUGGACAAAAAGGACUGUGACAGUGCUCCCGGUGCGGGCGGCAGCCUGGCCACCGUGGCCCUGGGGGUGCUCGCCCUGCAGCUGCGAGGCUGGGUGGACCUCUGA